CCCGGCCGGCGGCACUUCCUGGAGCGGCGGCAGCUUCCCGGGCACCUGGGCGUGGGGCGCGGGGGCGCGCGGCGCGGGGCGGGCAGAGCGGGCGCGCGCCAUGGCCCGGGCGGGCGGCGCCGAGCCGGCGUGUUGAGCCCCGGCCGCCGGCCCGGCAUGGACGUCUCCCGCGGGCCCGCCGCCGGCCGGGGCUAGGGCCGAUGGAGCCGCGGGACGGCAGCCCCGAGGCCGGGAGCAGCGGCUCCGAGUCGGCCUCCGCCUCGUCCAGCGGCUCCGAGCGCGACGCCGGCCCCGAGCCGGACAGGACGCCGCGGCGCCUCAGCAAGCGGCGCUUCCCGGGGCUGCGGCUCUUCGGGCACAGGCACCCGCCUGCCCCUGCAUGGAGACCUUUUUUAGGAGACACUUCCAGUGGAAGGAGCCAGGCCCUGGAGAGGGGCAGCGGCGGCCCAGUGGCAUGGGGCUGCCUACCGGCAAGGCUCGGCGCCGUUCCCCUGCGGGUCAGGCCUCCCCCUCGCUAGCACAGCGGCGCCGCUCCAGCGCACAGGUCCAGGGCUGCCUCCUGAGCUGUGGGAUGCGGGCCCAGGGCACCAGCCGCCGCCGCUCCAGCACUGCACCCCCAGCCCGCAACCCCCGCUUCAUCGUGAAUGAGGUGCCCACCUCACAUCCCGCCACUGUUGGGGCUCAGCUUCUGGGUGCACCUCUACUGUUGGCCGGACUUGUGGGCAUGAGUGAGGAGAAGGAGGAAGAGGGGGUCCAGGAGGAGGACGUGACAGUUGCAGCAUUGAGUACCACCCAGCGAGACACCAAAAGAUCAGGGCCGUCCCCACACCAGGGUGCGGGGACCCCGCUGCCCGCAUCCCGUUGCCUGCGUGGGCGCCGAGCCUCCCACCUGCUCCCUGCUGACGCGGUGUAUGACCGGGCCCUCUGGGGCCUGCAUGGCUACUAUCGGCGCCUCAGCCAACAGCGCCCCCCGGGCCCUGGGGGCCGAAGAGCCUCAGGCACCACAGCCAGCCCUGUGACGCCCGCCCGCGUGCGCCCACUGUCCCGCAGGCGCCAGGUAGCCCUACGGCGCAAGUCGGCCGGACCCCAGGCCUGGAGCGCCCUGCUUGCGAAAGCCAUCACCAAGUCGGGCCUCCAGCACCUAGCACCCCCUCUUCCUGCUCUCGGGGCCCCGUGCAGCGAGCCAGAGCGGCAGAUCCGGAGCACUGUGGACUGGAGUGAGUCGGCAGUAUAUGGGGAGCACAUUUGGUUCGAGACCAACGUGUCGGGGGACUUCUGCUAUGUUGGGGAGCAGUACUGUGUAGCGAAGAUGCUGCAGAAAUCAGUGCCCCGGAGAAAGUGUGCAGCCUGCAAGAUCGUGGUGCACACCCCCUGCAUAGAACAGCUGGAGAAGAUAAAUUUCCGCUGUAAGCCGUCCUUCCGUGAAUCAGGCUCCAGGAAUGUCCGUGAGCCAACCUUUGUGCGGCACCACUGGGUACACAGGCGACGCCAGGAUGGCAAGUGUCGGCACUGUGGGAAGGGCUUCCAGCAGAAGUUCACCUUCCACAGCAAGGAGAUUGUGGCCAUCAGUUGCUCCUGGUGCAAGCAAGCAUACCACAGCAAGGUAUCCUGCUUCAUGCUGCAGCAGAUCGAGGAGCCGUGCUCCCUGGGGGUCCAUGCUGCAGUGGUCAUCCCGCCCACCUGGAUCCUCCGUGCCCGCAGGCCCCAGAACACUCUCAAGGCAAGCAAGAAGAAAAAGAGAGCGUCCUUCAAGCGGAAAUCCAGCAAGAAAGGUCCAGAGGAGGGCCGCUGGAGACCCUUCAUCAUCAGGCCCACCCCGUCCCCCCUCAUGAAGCCCCUGCUGGUGUUUGUGAACCCCAAGAGUGGGGGCAACCAGGGUGCAAAGAUCAUCCAGUCUUUCCUCUGGUAUCUCAAUCCCCGGCAAGUGUUCGACCUGAGCCAGGGAGGGCCCAAGGAGGCGCUGGAGAUGUACCGCAAAGUGCACAACCUGCGGAUCCUGGCGUGCGGGGGUGACGGCACGGUCGGCUGGAUCCUCUCCACCCUGGACCAACUGCGCUUAAAACCACCACCACCUGUUGCCAUCCUGCCCCUGGGCACUGGCAACGACUUGGCCCGCACCCUCAACUGGGGCGGGGGCUACACAGAUGAGCCUGUGUCCAAGAUCCUCUCCCACGUGGAGGAGGGGAACGUGGUGCAGCUGGACCGCUGGGACCUCCGCGCCGAGCCCAACCCUGAGGCGGGGCCUGAGGAGCGUGAAGAGGGUGCCACUGACCGGCUGCCUCUGGACGUCUUCAACAACUACUUCAGCCUGGGCUUUGAUGCCCACGUGACCCUGGAGUUCCAUGAGUCUCGAGAGGCCAACCCAGAGAAAUUCAACAGCCGCUUUCGGAACAAGAUGUUCUAUGCCGGGACAGCCUUCUCCGACUUCCUGAUGGGCAGCUCCAAGGACUUGGCCAAGCACAUCCGAGUGGUGUGUGAUGGAACUGACCUGACCCCCAAGAUUCAGGACCUGAAACCCCAGUGCAUUGUAUUCCUGAACAUCCCCAGGUACUGCGCAGGCACCAUGCCCUGGGGCCACCCUGGGGAGCACCAUGACUUUGAGCCCCAGCGGCACGAUGACGGCUACCUCGAGGUCAUUGGCUUCACCAUGACGUCCCUGGCAGCGCUGCAGGUGGGCGGACAUGGUGAGCGGCUGACGCAGUGCCGUGAGGUGGUGCUCACCACAUCCAAGGCCAUCCCGGUGCAGGUGGAUGGCGAGCCCUGCAAGCUUACCGCCUCGCGCAUUCGCAUCGCCCUGCGCAACCAGGCCACCAUGGUGCAGAAGGCCAAGCGGCGAAGUGCCACCCCCCUGCACAGCGACCAGCAGCCGGUGCCCGAGCAGCUACGGAUCCAAGUGAGCAGGGUCAGCAUGCACGACUACGACGCCCUGCAUUACGAUAAGGAGCAGCUCAAGGAGGCCUCCGUGCCACUGGGCACUGUGGUGGUCCCAGGAGACAGUGACCUCGAGCUCUGCCGCGCCCACAUCGAGAGGCUCCAGCAGGAGCCCGAAGGUGCUGGAGCCAUGUCCCCGACAUGCCAAAAACUGUCCCCCAAGUGGUGCUUCCUGGACGCCACCACUGCCAGCCGCUUCUACAGGAUCGACCGGGCCCAGGAACAUCUCAACUAUGUGACUGAGAUCGCCCAGGACGAGAUUUAUAUCCUGGACCCAGAGCUGCUGGGGGCAUCGGCCCGGCCUGACCUCCCAACCCCCACUUCUCCUCUCCCCACCUCCCCCAGCUCACCCACACCCCGGUCACUGCCAGGGAAUGCUGCACCCCCUAAAGGUGAAGAGCUGGUUGAGGCUGCCAAGAGGAACGACUUCUGUAAGCUCCAGGAGCUGCACCAAGCUGGGGGGGACCUCAUGCACCGUGAUGGUCAGAGUCGCACGCUCCUGCACCACGCAGUCAGCACUGGCAGCAAGGAAGUGGUCCGCUACCUGCUGGACCACGCCCCCCAAGAGAUCCUUGAUGCUGUAGAGGAAAACCAGCCCCUGUCCCCCAGCGGGGAGACCUGUCUGCACCAGGCAGCGGCCCUGGGCCAGCGCACCAUCUGCCACUACAUCGUGGAAGCAGGGGCCUCACUCAUGAAGACAGACCAGCAGGGCGACACUCCCCGGCAGCGGGCCGAGAAGGCUCAGGACACGGAGCUGGCCGCCUACCUGGAGAACCGGCAGCACUACCAGAUGGUUCAGCGGGAGGACCAGGAGACGGCCGUGUAGCUGGGGCCAGUGCUGAGAGACAGCACGGGCCGGAGCACGGCCCUCCUCACUGCCACAUUCCAGUCGGGCAGCCAGGGGAGCCAGGCCCCAGGGAGGAGCCCCGGCUGCGCCCUGACCGAGGGCUGGACUCUGAGGACUCGCAGCAUCUCACCCACACCCCUGAGCCCAGGGCCGACCUGGAGGCUCACGGGGGAGUAGGAGCCUGGACUGGACUGGACAGGCCGUUGGGGAGCUGGGGCUGGGCCACGCAGGCGGCCCUCACCCUCAGUGGGUGCCCUCCCUAGUGUGUGGGAGGGGGCAGAGGAGGGCAGCUCUAUCAGGGUGCCUCCUAGCCACCUGGUCCUUACGGGCCCUGCUCUGAGGCUCCUGGGAGCUCAGUCCCCACUCCUGCUCUGACCCCAUCUUCCCACAAACCUGGAGCCGCUGCAUCUGCCUGCCCGCUGCCCUGCUUGGCACCUGCCCCACUGACCUUCCCCAGUAUUUCCUCGAGGACUGUGGUCUGGGGGUUGGGGUGGGGCUCCCAUGGUGACUUGUUUACAGCUGGGUGUGACUCAGUAAAGAGAUUUUUUUUCCUUUC